AUGUGGCCGCUCUCGCUCUUGUCCCGUGCGUCUCGCUGCCUGUCGCGCUCAUCGGUGCUGACUGCCAGUCACCCGCGCACCUUCUCGUCCGCGUCCAGCCGCCUCAACCUGGCGGUGGUGGGCACGGGCCGCAUGGGCCGCAUCCGCCUCGCGGGCAUGCAGAACGACCCGCGCGUCUCCAUCGCUGCAGUCAUCGACUCCAAUGCCUCGGCCGAGCAGCUGCAGGAGCUCAGCAGCCAGUACGGAACGCAGUGCUUCUCGAUCAUCGCGGAGGCUGGCGCCGCUCUGAGCGAUCCGGUGGACGGCGUGUGGAUCUCCACACCCACCCCCACGCACCUGGAGCUCGUCCGUGACGUUGCAACGGGGAAACUCGGCACAGACGUCAAAGCCAUUGGCAUCGAGAAGCCCGUCGCUGCUCUCGUGGACGAGAUCGACGCGGCGUACCAAGUGUGUCACAAGAACGACGUGAAGCUCUUCUGCUCCUUCCAGCGCAGGUUCGACCCGAGCUACGAGGCUCUGCGCGCGCAGUGCGUGGACAAGCAGAGCAUCGGCAAGCUGCAGUCCAUCCACACGGUCUUCCGAGACCACCCGUGUCCACCCGUGGAGUUCCUUAAGACCGGCGGAGACCCGUUCCACGACCUCGCCGUGCACGACAUCGACUACGUGUGCGACCUCGUCGGAGAGUAUCCGGACAAAGUGUACGCGCAUGGGACCAGCCUCUCCGCGGAGCUGAGGGAGCUCAACGUCAUGGACAAGGCCAGCGUCUGGCUCGAGUUCCCCAAGACGGGCGUGGUGUGUACCCUGGAUCUGAGUCGGAGCGCCGAGUACGGCUACGACCAGCGCAUUGAAGUGGCGGGUGAGCACGGCAUGCUGCAGGUGCAGAACCCAAGCAAGACGGCCACGGUGCAGUCGACAAAGGCCGGCACCACGUCCGACGUGCUGCUCCACUCCUUCCCGGAGCGCUUCCGCGAGGCGUAUCUGCUGGAGCUCGACAGCUUCAUCGACGUCGUGCAGGGCAACGGCAACCCGCGCGUGCACUGGGGCGCUUCCCGCAUGAACACCAUCAUCGCCGAGGCCGCUCGCAUCGCCGCGGUGGAGAAGAAGGUCGUCACGAUCAAAUAUCUCGGCACCAAGCAGACAGCGCCCAGAUCCGACCCCAUUCUUGAGUACGAAUACGAAUAUUAG